AUGCCUCAUCCAGGCAUUAGAGUGGCCACAAGUCCCACUUUUGACGGUCGCCUAGCGGAAAUCGACCAAGAAUUCAAAGACAACCUAAAAGUCUUAGUCCCAAUGAUUUUAAGCCCCGAAAAUUUAGUCUUAAAAAAAAUCAAUGGGGAAAAAGUCAAGGUGUGUGACUUUGUACAGUAUUGCAAGUCUUAUAUGCAAAUUUAUGAAGGCAAUGAGCUUCCUGAGCCUAAAUCCAUGCUCGUUGCCACUGCUGAAGCUAAUAAUCUUGCCGCUAUGGCGGAUGCGAAAGAUGUUUAUGUCCAGCUAAUGGAGGAUGUUUGCGGUGGGGCCAAGCCUUAUUUGAAAACGGAAACUAUGGACGUUGAGCAUAAGAGGGUCAAGGAUAAAGCGAUUGAGCAGUUUGAGAAAAAGAAGAAGAUGGGAGGAGACGAGUUCAGUGCUGUGUACAAGGAACAAUUAGAAAAGGUAACACUUGACUUAUUUUUAAAAAAAUUGCAUAUUUUAGUAUGA